AUGAGCUCUCCAAAGGAACCCAUCGCCAUCAUUGGCGCCGGCUGCCGCUUUUCAGGCUCAAGCGACCGGCCGUCCAAGUUAUGGGACCUGCUCAAACAACCAACCGAUGUUGCUCAGGAGAUUCCAUCGGACCGCUUCAACGUCGAUACCUUCUGGCACCCCGUUGGAGCCCGCGGGGGGAGCACCAAUGUAAAGGAGGCGUACUUCAUCUCGGACCGAAAUGUCCGCCAUUUUGACGCCCAGUUCUUCUCCAUGCACCCAUCUGAAGCAGAUGCCAUUGACCCGCAACAUCGUCACCUCCUCGAAGUUGUCUAUGAAGGACUCGAGGAUGCAGGCCUCACACUCGAGAGCCUCCAUGGCUCCAACACGGCCGUAUUUGUCGGUCACAUGUGCAACGACUAUUCAGUCUUGACAAGUCGUGACUUUGACUUCAUCCCCAAGUACAGCGCACCGGGCAUCGCACCUAGCAAUGCCUCGAGUAGGAUAUCCUACUUCUUCAACUGGCAUGGUCCGACACUGACCAUUGACACCGCAUGCUCCUCCAGUCUCAUCGCCUUGGUGCAGGCAGUGCAGACCCUCAGAGAUGGGACAAGUGAUGUUGCCAUCGCGGCCGGCACGAACCUGAUCCUUGAUCCCCUUUCCUUUGUCUCUGAGAGCAACAUUGGCAUGCUCUCGCCAAACGGCCGCUCCCGCAUGUGGGACGCUGGUGCAGAUGGUUAUGCCCGUGGAGAGGGCGUUGGGGCUGUCAUCUUGAAGAAGUUGAGCGCAGCCAUCCGUGAUGGAGAUACGAUAGAUUGUAUUGUGCGCGAGGUUGGCUGCAACCAUGACGGCAAGACCCAGGGCAUCACCAUGCCCAGCGGCGCGGCGCAGGCAGCACUCAUCCGUCAGACCUAUGCCAAAGCAGGACUCAACCCCGAAAACCCAGUCGAUCGAUGCCAGUACUUUGAGGCUCAUGGGACUGGAACUCCUGCAGGAGAUCCGGAGGAGUCAUCGGCACUGAACAGUGCAUUCUUUGGCUCUGGGGAGCACGAUGCAGACGACACCUUGUACGUUGGCUCUGCAAAGACCAUCAUCGGCCACACCGAAGGGACAGCUGGUUUGGCUGGUGUUCUGAAAGCCGCCUUGGCACUCAAGUACGGAGUCAUCCCGCCAAACCUGCACUUUGACCAGUUGAGCCCCCUGGUCAAGCCUUAUUACAACCACCUCCGUAUUCCCAAAGAAGCAAUCCCUUGGCCUACACUACCUUCAGGUGUCCCGCGCCGUGCUUCAGUCAACUCCUUUGGCUUCGGAGGAAGUAAUGCUCAUGCCAUCCUCGAGGCAUACGAGGCUGAGAACUCGACCGCCUCGGUCGAGGGCAGCCACAGUGACCUCAGCAUCGUCCCUUUCGUGUUCUCGGCCAACAACGAGAGCUCUCUCGUCAACUUGACUUCUUCAUAUCUUUCCUACUUCCGUGGCAACAAGACUACCUCUGUCGGAAAUCUCCGUCACACCCUCGCGUGCCGCAGGUCCGCGCUACCUCACAAGAUCACCUUCUCCGCUUCAACGAUAGAUGAGCUCAUCACAAGCAUUGAAACACGACUAGCCGAGCAGGGUAAAGCCGAGAAAUCGUCCUUUGGAUCCAGAUCUUCCCAGAAGGAUGCUAUCCUGGGUAUCUUCACUGGCCAGGGCGCCCAAUGGCCGACCAUGGGUACCAAAUUAAUCGAGUCGCAGCCUGCAGCUCUGAAGCUGAUAGAGAUCCUUGAUGAAUCCCUUCAAACACUCCCAGAGGCGGACCGUCCGCAGUGGAAGAUCCUCGACGAGCUAAGAAAGGAUAAGGACGCCAGUCGCAUCGCGGAAGCAGCGCUGUCGCAGCCCCUUUGCACCGCGGUUCAACUCGUUCUCGUCGACGUCGUGCGUGCCGCCAACAUCAGGUUCACUGCAGUCGUCGGGCACUCGUCCGGAGAGAUUGCCGCGGCAUAUGCUGCGGGAUUCAUCAGCGCCAAAGAUGCCAUCCGUAUCGCGUACUACCGUGGUCUGCAUGCCAAGUCUGCCAGCGGCACGAAUGGGUGCAAGGGCGCCAUGAUGGCUGUUGGCACCUCGUUUGAGGACGGAAAAGAGCUCUGCAAGCUCGAGGACCUCGAAGGCCGCAUUUGUGUUGCUGCGAGCAAUUCGCCCAACAGCAUCACCCUGUCCGGAGAUGCAGAUGCCAUUGAGGAGGCAAAGGAGGCACUAGACCAGGAGGACAAGUUCACCCGUGUCCUCGUCGUCGACACGGCGUAUCACUCACACCACAUGAAGGCAUGCGCGGAAGGCUUUGAGAAGUCUCUUGCUGCUUGCGACAUCGAGAUCCUCCAACCCGGCCACGAUGCCCCGACCUGGCUGUCGAGCGUCCGAGAAAAGACAGCUAUGAUGCCGUCGAGUGAUCUCAAGGGCAGCUACUGGUCUGAAAAUAUGACCAACACUGUUCUCUUCUCCCAGGCAAUUGAGCAUGCCGUCGAGGUCCAUGGACAAUUUAACUUGUCACUGGAGCUCGGCCCUCACCCAGCUUUGAAGAAGCCUGCCACCGAGACGUUCGAGGCGGCUGGUGUGAAGUCUGUUGAGCACGUCGGCACUCUGACCCGUGGCAAGCAUGAUCUGCACGCUGUGUCACAGUCACUAGGUGCGGUGUGGGCGCACCUAGGUGGCGCUGCCGUCAGCUGGCAGAGCCUCAUCAGCAACUACUGCGGUGUCACUAAGCCGAUGCCUGUGAUCCGCGACCUGCCGCUGUAUGCAUGGAAUCACAAUCGCGAGUUCUGGACCGAGUCACGCACUGGCAAGCUCUUCCGCACUCAGCAAGACACCGUCCAUGAGCUUCUGGGAAAGAAGCUUCCAGACGGCACAGACGACGAGAUCCGCUGGAAGAACGUCUUCAACCCCAAAAUCCAGACUUGGCUGCCGGGGCAUGCAAUCCAGGGAAUUCCGGUCUUCCCUGCAACAGGCUACAUCAGCUUGGCUAUGGAGGCAGCAAUGGAGGUCGCCAAUGGCCAGCCUGUUCAGUCGAUUGAGUUGUCGGAUAUGCAUAUUGAGAAAGCUAUCGCGAUUGACGAGACGAAUGGAACCGAGGUCAUCACCACCUUGAGCAACAUCCACCGGUCAAGCACUGACUCCAAUGUCAUCCACGGGCAUUUCGUGUGCCGUUCACCACUGAGCAAUGAUACCGGGCGUAUGGCAAUCAAUGCCUCCGGUAGCGUGACAGUGUACUUGGGAGAAGCGACGAACGACACACUGGUGCCGCGCGAGCAGCCGUCUGGAGACCUAAUGGAUGUGGACAUCGACAAAUUCUAUGACACACUUUCCACGCUUGGCUAUGGCUACAGUGGGCCGUUCAGAGGCCUGGGUAGACUCCAGAGGAGGAUGGGUUUUGCUUCAGGCUCCAUCAACAGGGUUGCCAUCGGAACUCGUCCUCUGCUGUUCCAUCCGGGUCUCCUCGACACAUCCGUCCACUCUCUAUUUGUGUCCUUUGGUGUGGCUGGUGACGGCCAAUGGUCGCUCCAAGUUCCGUCUAAAAUUCGCCGUGUCACGCUCGUUCCAAGCCUGUGCGGUGACAAUCUGCUUGAGGGCGUCGAGUUCGACUGCACCAUGUCCUCACGUAGGGCUGGUGACAUUGCCAUUAUCGCAGCGGACGGCAUUCACAAGUGUAUAGAGAUUGAUGGCCUUGAGUUUGUCCCGUUCUCACCUGCAACCGAGGCCGACGAUCGAACCUUGUUCAGCAAAGUCACAUGGGCUCGUGACAGGCCAGACGGAGAUGAAGCAGCUGCUCGCCGUGCUCUUCCGGAGGAGAAGGCCAAGUUCUCAGAGUGCGAGCGUGUGUCUUUCUACUACUUGCGGAACUUCAACGAGACCAUCGAUCAGGCUGAGCGCGAUCGGCUACAGAUUGCUGAUCACCAGAAAGCUCUGUUCGAUUACGCCUCGCAUGUCACGAAGCAGGUCAAGGAGCACCGCUGGACCUACACGUCUCCCAAGUGGCUGAAUGAUAGCCACGAUGAUAUCCUCGAUAUCAUGGAGCCGUACGGAGAUGACGCCGACUUCAACAUCAUCCGAGCCGUUGGUGAGCAUCUGCCGGCGGUUGUCCGCGGUGAGACCACUAUGCUCGAGGUCAUGACCAAAGACAACAUGCUGGAGAACUACUACAGACACGGUCUCGGAUGUGAGGCUGGAAACAUCACUGUGGCCAACUUCUUUGAGCAAAUCACUAAACGCUAUCCACACAUGGAUAUCCUCGAAGUCGGUGCAGGUACUGGUGGUGCCACGUGGGAAGUCUUCAACCGCGGCGUGCCUUUCACGUCGUAUACUUACACAGACGUUUCUGCCGGCUUCUUCGGCAACGCCAACACCAAGUUCCAUAAGUGGACUGACAAGAUGAUCUUCAAGACUCUUGAUAUCGAGAAGACGCCCAAGGAUCAAGGUUUCACUGAGCACUCGUACGACCUGAUCCUCGCCUCCCACUGCCUGCAUGCCACUUAUUCCUUGGAGAACACGAUCCGAAAUGUGCGGAGUCUGCUCAAGCCUGGUGGUUUCUUGGUUGUCCUAGAGAUCGUCGAGAUUGACACCAUGCCUAUCGGUCUCAUCAUGGGCGGUCUCCCGGGUUGGUGGGUCGGCCAGCACGAAGGACGCCGCUACUCGCCAAACAUCACUCUGGCGCAGUGGAAGAAGCUCCUCAAAAAGACUGAUUUUGCUGGUAUCGACACCUUCACGCCCAUGUUGGAUCCCCGCCCCUUCACUGCCUCCGUCUUCGUCGCCCAGGCGGUAGAUGACAGGGUUAACCUCCUCCGACAGCCCCUGGCAUCUUCCCCUGAUGACAUCAACUUUGACCAUCUCGUCCUUCUCGGCGGUGAUGGUAUGCUCACUUCAGACAUAAUGGAUGAGCUUGAGGACAUUCUGCGACCCCGAUGCCAGCGCCUCGUUGUAGCUUCGUCCUUGGACGAACUCGAGGUCAACGAGUUUCCACCAUUGACGUCAGUGUUGAGCUUGACAGAUGUUGACAACCCAGUCUUCAAGGAUAUAAACGAAGAAGGCUGGGAGAAGCUGAAGAAGCUACUCAGCUCCUCGGAUGCCCUCCUCUGGGUAACUCAUGGCGCAUGGUGCGAACAGCCCGAUGCCGGAACCAUGGUCGGGCUGCUGCGAUCCAUCACAUAUGAGCAUCAGCACCAGAGGCCUCAGCUUCUUGAAGUCCCCGAUCCUAAGGAGCUGAAUGCAAAGUUGUUGGCUGAAUUGCUGAUGAGGAUCAAGCUGGGUCAGCAGUGGAGAUCCGCCGGAACGGGAGGAGAUAUCUUGCACACGAUCGAGCCUGAGCUCAUGCUCGAGAAUGGCGUGCUGAAGAUCCUGCGACAGAUGCCUGACACCGUCGCGAACAACCGGUACAACUCCGCUCGGCGUGAGAUCACCAACGAGGUUGACUUAGACACCGGCGACGUCAGUGUCCAGUGGGAUGACCAACGCUACAUUCUGCGCGAUACCAAGCUACCAGCGAUGAGUGGUGGCCAAGUCAAGGUCCGCGUUGAACGGUCACUAUUGGAAAGCAUCCGCACUCCGUCUGGCAUGUUGCAUCUAUCCCUCGGCACGAGUGAGCAGAAGGUUAGGGGCUUGGCCUUGUCGGGUGAGAACGCCUCCACUGUCAAAAGCGAAGAGUUCAUGGUGGCGACUCCGGGGCCACUCAGCGAUGAUGAGUACCUAAUGGCCAUUGCAACAUACCUCCUGGGUCAUCAGAUCCUUUCCCGAGUACCCGCCGGAGCCACCGUCUUGAUCCAUGAGCCUUCCCUUCUCCUUGCCGCUGUCUUGUGUGCCGACCAGGCUGGUAAGGCAGGAGUCAAGGUUUCUUUCACUACGACACAUACAGAACGUGCUGGAAAUUCAUGGAUCCACGUUCACUCACGAAUGACAAGCAGGGCAUUGACGCGUGCUCUUCCUCCUCAAGUCGAUGUGUUUCUCGACAUGUCUGAUGUUGCAGGGGAAGACGGUCUUGGAGCAAAGAUACUCGAAGUACUACCAGAAACAUGCCAACAAGAGCGACUGUCAAGUCUUGUCUCGAGAAAGUCCAUCGCUUACACGACCAACGAAAGCUCUAAUCUACUCGAGAAGGCGAGCUCAUUCGUCCAGGCUGUCUCUGGAGAUUUGGCCGCAUCUAGGGUCGCGACCGCGGUCCCUAUCCCCCUUAAGAAUCUUCCCAAGUUAAGGCAGAAGACAAGCCUGCUCAACAUCGUUGAUUGGCGGUCACAAUCGCCGGUGUCGACUAGUCUGGAGCCGAUCGAUUCCAGCAAGGACUUCUUCCAAGACAAUAAGACUUACUGGAUGGUUGGGCUAGCCGGAGACCUCGGACAGUCUCUCUGUGACUGGAUGAUUGGUCACGGUGCACGAUACAUUGUACUCACCAGCAGGACGGUCACAUCCAAGGUAUCGGAGAAGUGGCUCAAGACACAUGCGGCGCAGGGCGUGACAAUCAAGCUUAUUGAAGGUGAUGUGACGGACAUGGACUCACUCACAAGCGUACGCAACCAGAUUGUCAAUACCCUGCCACCAAUCCGAGGUGUGGCCAAUGGUUCUUUGGUCCUUCGCGACAGGUUGUACCUGAAUACGGACUUUGAAACUUUCCAAACAGUCAUGCGUCCAAAGACGAUCGGAACAUCAAACCUUGAUGCACUCUUCAGCGAGGACACGCUUGACUGGUUCAUUGGCUUUUCGUCCAUCGUGGCUACCGUCGGCAACCCCGGCCAGAGUGCCUAUUCGGCCGGAAACUUGUAUGUCAAGGCCGUCAUCAAUCAGCGUCGCCAACGGUCUCUCCCCGGUGCGACCAUUGACAUUGCUCCUGUGCUCGGUGUCGGCUACGUGGAGAGAGAGCGCAAGGCGGCGGGCGUCAUGACGGAGAAGAUGGUCGAGAAGCUCGAGGGCGGAGCACAGCCCAUCUCCGAGAGCGACCUCCAUCAGCUAUUCGCCGAGGCUAUUGCUGCCUGCAAGACCGAUUCGGGUCGUCAUUCCGAUAUCGUUACGGGAGUCCGGACCUUGCAAGCCGAAGACAUGAACAAGGCUUUCUGGGCUGCCAACUUGAAGUUCUCUCACUUCAUCCGCGACGCUGGGACAGGCAACCAAGCAGAUGAUGGCGAAGUGGACAAAGUCUCUGUCAAAACCAAGCUUCUCGAGGUGAACUCGGUUGAUGAGGCAGCAAAUAUUAUUCGAGCGGUCUUGACCUCGAAGCUGAACAAGACGCUUCAAUAUCCCGCGGACCAGGAGAUACCCGACUCGACGCCACUCAUCGACAUGGGUAUUGACUCUCUCAUCGCAGUCGAGGUCCGCACUUGGUUUUUGCAGGAACUGGAAGUGGACAUGCCGAUGCUGAAGAUCUUGGGUGGAUCAACUAUUGUUGAUAUGGUCAACGAUGCCAUCGCAAGACUCCCAGAGAGUCUGGCUUCCAGGUUGCAGAAGUCUGAUACUGCGGUAUCUAUGCAGCCCGACGAGACCCCAGAGACUGUCCCGGUGCCGGUACCGGCAGUGACCGUCAGUGAUAGUGAUGACGACUCUUCCUCGACAAAGCAGACACCGUCUGAAGUAGGAUCGGUCUCAACUGGCACGUUACAUUCUGUGGCUACUCCAUUGUCGAUGCCACCAACUCCGGGCGAGCCCGACGUUGAGAAGUCUGAAAUCGAGUUCCAACUCACAAAGACUCUUGUUGAGCCUGAGAUCACGAGAACCGAGCCCAUGUCAUUCGGCCAAACUCGAUUCUGGUUUCUCAAACAAUACUUGGAAGAUCAAUCGACGAGCAACAUUGCCUUCUAUUUUAGAAUUGAGGGCGCCUUCAAACCAGACAAGCUGCGUCGAGCCCUUGAGUUGGCUUGCCAACGGCACGAGGGCCUGCGCACCUGCUUCUUUGUGAAGGAUGAUGCCCCAGUUCAAGGUAUCAUGCGUCAGUCUGCGAUCCAAAUGGAAUACCAUCGAGUCUCCAGCCAGGAAGAAGUGCGAAGGGCAUACAGGGCGGUGCAAGGGCAUGUCUUCGACAUCAAGAAAGGCGACACCCUCAGACUGGUCUUGUGCGAAGAGUCACCAACUUCGUUCUACUUCAUCCUUGGGUACGAUCACAUUGCCAUGGACGGCUUCAGUUGGGAGAUUCUAUUCGCCGAGCUCCAAGCGCAUUACCGCGGUGCUUACGUGCCUCCCGUCACGCGUCAAUAUGCUCAGUGGACCAUCAAGCAGCGCAACGAUGUGAUGGGUGCUACAUUAGCAUCUGAUAGGCAGUACUGGCGGAACCAGUUUCCUGCGCUACCAGCAGUCCUUCCGUUGUUACCCAUGGCAAAAGCCAGCUCAAGAAGCUCUCUCAAGACUUACGAAGUAAACCGAGCGAGUGCGAAGUUGGACAAAGAGCUAGCCGAUCUGGUUAAAACCGUCAGCCAAGCCAACAAAGUAUCGCCUUUCCACUUUCACUUUGCGACUUUCAAGACACUCUUGGCUCGCCUCACGGAGUCCACAGAUAUCUGCAUCGGCAUGGCUGAUGCAAGCCGUAUGGAUCCAGCAGAUGCCGGCGUCAUUGGUCUUUUGUUGAACCUGCUACCUCUCCGUUUCGAGUGCAAGAAGGAUCAGACUUUUGCCAAGUCCUUGCACGAAAUGCGCACCAAGGUCUACGGAGCCAUGGCUCACUCUCAGGUCCCUUUCAACACCAUCAUUGAUGACUUGACCGUUCCAAGGUCGACACAGCAUCAUCCGCUGUUCCAAGCCUUCAUAGAGUACCGUCCGGCGCAAACGCUCAAGUUUGCCGAUCUGAAAGGUGAGCUUCCAGAAGAUCAUACCUCGUUUGCCAGGACGCCGUAUGAUGUUGAGCUCAACGUCCUGGAGGAUCAUGGAGGCGGCGUUACUAUCUCCAUCGGAUGCCAAUCUCAACUGUACUCUGAACAUGCCGCACAGCUUGUUCUGAAAAGCUACUUGACAUUACUCAAGUCUUUUGCAACUGAGCCACAGCUUCCCGUCUCCAAACCAGCAUUAUAUGCCCCUGAAGACGUACAGGAGUCACUUGUGCUGGGAAAAGGUGAAACAAUGACGAAUGUCUGGUCCGGAACAAUUUCCCACCGCAUUGAAGACAUGAUUGCAGCCUAUCCCGAUGAAAUAGCUCUGAAAGACACCCUCGGCAGCUCCUUGUCUUAUAAGGCAAUGGCUGAGCGCGUCGAUUUAAUCCAGGCAGCUUUAUCGAGGGCGGAUGUUCGUCCAGGAUCAGUCGUAGCUGCAUCUUUGCAGCCCUCGACGGACUGGGUUUGUUGCCUGCUGGCCGUCCUACGCCAAGGAGCAGUCUUUGUACCCCUUGACUGCAGCCAAGGUGCAUUGCGUCUGCAACAGAUUGUCGAUGCCAGCUCGCCCAAGGCAACCCUCGUCAACGCCGCCACUGCAAAGCAAGCCAGCGACUGGCCUGCGGUGAUCGAUGUUGAAAAACUCGUGCCACCAUCGGAACGUCUGCCAAAUCUUGACAAAUCGGAUCAAGCUGCGGUGAUGCUCUUCACCAGUGGUACCACGGGAGUACCAAAAGGGGUGCUACUUCAGAACGCUUCCCUUGUCAACGUCUUUGAGGGCACAGCCGCCAAGUUCGGUAUAGGCCGCCAGACUGUGCUCCAACACUCAGCCUUCAGCUUCGACAUGUCUCUCGAGCAGACCUUCCUGGCACUUUGCAAUGGCGGAACACUCGUCAUUGUCGACAAGUCCAUUCGAGGCGACUCGCGAGCAAUCAUGAGAGUCAUUGCACAGGAGGCUGUGACUUACACCAAAGCCACCCCUGCUGAGUACUCAUCGUGGUUCCGCAACGGCGGUGAUUAUGUCAAGGGAAACAAAACCUGGAAACAUAUCUUUGCAGGAGGCGACCGUAUGACGGAAACCAUGAUGAGCGAGUUGCGUGAACUCGGUCUUCAGGAUGCCAAGCUGCUCAACUCUUACGGCCCUGUGGAAGGGACAAUCAUUGCAACGAAGAUGCGGUUGGACUAUGGUUGCGAGAAGAAGGGGCACUCGCCAAUUCCUGUGGGGACUCCACUCCCGAACUACUCCAUCUACAUUGUCGAUGAAGGUCUCAAUCUGCUACCGCCAGAGGUCCCGGGCGAGAUCAUCAUCGGCGGGCAAGGUGUCGCGAUGGGAUACCACAACAAUGAUAUCGAGACUGGAAAGAAGUUCAUAUCCAAUCCAUGGGCAGACGAAGAAUACCUCAAGAAGGGUUGGACAAAGAUGUAUCGGACCGGCGACAAAGGUCAUCUCACGAAACAUGGCGAGCUCAUUUUCCAUGGACGAAUCGCUGGCGACAGCCAGGUCAAGCUACGAGGCAUCCGUCUAGAGCUAGAGGAUGUGGAGAGGAAUAUUCUGAACGCAUCAAAGGGCGCCUUAUCCGAAGUUGUAUGCACCGUCCGCGAGGACGCCGCAUCGAAUUAUCUUGUCGCCCACGUCGUUCUCUCGUCCAAAACCGAUGGUUUUUCGCCAGAGUCAUCAAGCGCCUUUCUUGCAGAUCUUCGCGUACAACUUCCUCUGCCUCAGUACAUGAAGCCGUCAGCCAUGUCCAUUCUCAAAUCAAUGCCCUUGACAAAACAUGGCAAGAUUGACCGUGCGGCAAUCGCUGCCCUGUCGCUUGUUGGUGUUGCUGGGGAGGAUCAAGACGAGGGAGAGUUGACUGACUUAGAGAUCAAAAUCAGCAACCUCUGGAGGAAGCUACUGCCAAAGGAGACGUUGCCUCCAUCACUGAAGCGGUCGUCCGACUUCUUCACUGUGGGCGGGAGCUCUCUGAUCUUGGUUGAGGUGCAGUCCCUCAUCCGCGCUGAAUUCAGCAUUGAUCUGUCUUUGCAAGAGCUCUAUGAGGCCACAGUGCUUUCCAAAAUGGCAGACAAGGUGAAGCAAGCUCUCGACUCUAAAGCAGUCAACUGGGACCUCGAGACAGCACCUCCAAAGCUCAACGAUCUGGUCAAAGCUGUCUCACAGCCCUUGAGACUCACCAAUCUAGAAAUCGUCAUGACCGGAGCGACAGGACACCUGGGCGGCUUCGUCCUCCAGCGCUUGAUCUCCGAUCCAGCCGUCGCCAAGAUCCACUGCGUUGCUGUGCGUAACCCUAGCAGGAUCAAGUGGCAUUCUGACAAACUCGCGAUUUACCCCGGCGAUCUCUCACAGCCUCAGCUCGGCCUCCCAACCAGCACCAUAGAGCAACUCGCCGCCACCGCUGAUGCUGUUGUCCACUGCGGUGCUACCCGCCUCAACUGGGAGACCUUUGAGUCCAUGCGGCCUACAAACCUUCUUUCGACCCGCGAGCUGAUCCGCCUCGCUGCGCCGCGCCGCUUGCCCGUCCACUUUGUCUCUAGCGGCGGCGUGUUCCCGGCAGAUGUCCCUCCUUCGGAGUCCUCAGCUACAGCCCAUCAGCCCCCGGCCGUUGGAGCGGAUGGUUACGUCGCCAGCAAAUGGGCCAGUGAACAGUUGCUAGAGCGUUCGGCAAGGGAUCUUGGCAUACCUGUCCACAUCUAUCGUACGAUCCGCGCGGAUGAAGGGUCGUUCCCUGAAGAGCUUCCCGAAGAAAUCCUGGCUGGAAUGGCAGCCGCCACAGUCGAGGCAGGCGUCAUGCUCAACCACGGCGGCCAUGCCUGGGUUGGAUACUUUGAUCUCGUAUCGGCGCCGGGAGUGGCAGACAGCAUCAUAUCGGCCGUUGUGAGUGACGCGUCGCAGAAUGCAGGAGAGAAGGACCCCGCAAUCAGCUUCACAAACCACAAGGGGGUCUAUCGUGUGUGGAAGGGUGAGCAACUUGACAGCCUUGUGUACCGACCUGAGAUCCAGGAAAGGUUGGGCAGAUUCAAGAUGGUACCACCGCAGAUAUGGCUUGGCGAGAUGAAGCGCGCGGGAUUCCCCUGGAUGAUGGGUGCCAGUGAGGCAGCGUAUAAAGGUCUGGUUAAGAACAGGCGUUAG